AUUCUGGUGGGGGUUGGGGGGAGGGGGGAGGGGAAACGGGUGAAGAGGGGGAGGCGGCAGGGAAGGGGGUGGGGGCCUGGCGGGGGCAUCCGGCGGAGCUGGGGUCCCCGGGCUCCGUCCGGAGGAAGCGAGGCUGCGCUCGCUGGGCAGUCGGAGGGGACAGGACGCACCAGAGGGCAGGCGGACUCGCCCUGUCGGUGACUGCGCCGUCCAGGCCCGUCCUGCCUGGCCGCAGGUGCCCUGGAUGAGGCCGCCCCGCGCGCCCCGAACGAUUUUAUAAUCAAUGGAUAAAGUGGGGAAAAUGUGGAAUAACUUCAAAUACAGGUGUCAGAAUCUCUUCGGUCAUGAGGGAGGAAGCCGUAGUGAAAAUGUGGACAUGAACUCCAACAGAUGUUUGUCUGUCAGAGAGAAAAACAUCAGCAUAGGAGACUCAACUCCUCAGCAACAAAGCAGUCCCUUAAGAGAAAAUGUUGCCUUACAACUGGGAUUAAGCCCUUCAAAGAAUUCUUCAAGGAGAAAUCAAAAUUGUGCCACAGAAAUCCCUCAAAUUGUUGAAAUAAGCAUCGAAAAGGAUAAUGAUUCUUGUGUUACCCCAGGAACAAGACUUGCACGAAGAGAUUCCUACUCUCGACAUGCUCCAUGGGGUGGGAAGAAAAAACAUUCCUGUUCUACAAAGACCCAGAGUUCAUUGGAUGCUGAUAAGAAGUUUGGUAGAACUCGAAGUGGACUUCAAAGGAGAGAGAGGCGCUACGGCGUAAGUUCUGUACACGACAUGGACAGUGUUUCCAGCAGAACUGUAGGAAGUCGCUCUCUGAGACAGAGGUUGCAGGAUACUGUGGGCUUGUGUUUUCCCAUGAGAACUUACAGCAAGCAGUCAAAGCCUCUCUUUUCCAAUAAAAGAAAAAUCCAUCUGUCUGAAUUAAUGCUUGAGAAAUGCCCAUUUCCUGCUGGCUCAGAUUUAGCCCAAAAAUGGCAUUUGAUUAAACAGCAUACAGCUCCUGUGAGCCCACAUUCAACAUUUUUUGAUACAUUUGAUCCAUCUUUGGUUUCUACAGAAGAUGAAGAAGAUAGGCUUAGAGAGAGAAGGCGGCUUAGUAUUGAAGAAGGGGUUGAUCCCCCUCCCAAUGCACAAAUACAUACAUUUGAAGCUACUGCACAGGUUAAUCCAUUAUAUAAACUGGGACCAAAGUUAGCUCCUGGAAUGACUGAAAUAAGUGGGGACAGUUCUGCAAUUCCACAAGCUAAUUGUGACUCGGAAGAGGAUACAACCACCCUGUGUUUGCAGUCACGGAGGCAGAAGCAGCGUCAGAUAUCUGGAGACAGCCAUACCCAUGUUAGCAGACAGGGAGCUUGGAAAGUCCACACACAGAUUGAUUACAUACACUGCCUCGUGCCUGAUUUGCUUCAAAUUACAGGGAAUCCCUGUUACUGGGGAGUGAUGGACCGUUAUGAAGCAGAAGCCCUUCUCGAAGGGAAACCCGAAGGCACGUUUUUGCUCAGGGACUCUGCGCAAGAGGACUACCUCUUCUCUGUGAGCUUCCGCCGCUACAACAGAUCCCUGCAUGCCCGAAUUGAGCAGUGGAAUCACAACUUUAGUUUCGAUGCCCAUGACCCCUGUGUAUUUCACUCCUCCACUGUAACAGGACUUUUAGAACAUUAUAAAGAUCCCAGUUCGUGCAUGUUUUUUGAACCAUUGCUUACUAUAUCACUAAAUAGGACUUUUCCUUUUAGCCUGCAGUAUAUUUGUCGCGCGGUAAUCUGCAGGUGCACUACGUAUGAUGGAAUUGAUGGGCUCCCUCUACCCUCCAUGUUACAGGAUUUUUUAAAAGAGUAUCAUUAUAAACAGAAAGUUAGAGUUCGCUGGUUAGAACGAGAACCAGUCAAGGCAAAGUAAACUUUCCGGUCCCCAAAGGGUGUUAACUAGGUCCGCUUUCAUGUGCAUCAGACAGUACACCUAUAGCAAGCACACGUAGCAGUGUUAGGCUUUUUCAUACAGUAUGUAAGCUUAGUGUUAGUAUCUGUCAGAUGCGACCUGCUGUUACUUAUUCAGAUAAACAUGGUGCCUAUUGGAACACCAGAGGAUAGAGCUACAGGUGUUAAGUAAGACUACAAAAACAUUUUGCCGAUUUCGCUAACAGUUUGGUUUUUAAUGGCUGUAGUGUUUGAGUGAGGCAACUCUGGGGCAUUUGUUAUGAAGAAUUCUAUUUCUUACUGAAGAACAAAUUAUUAAUAUUGGAUGAGUAUUUCAACAGUGUGACGAAUGUUUGAAAUUAUUUUUUCUAAGAGUUUUUCUAUAACCUUCCAAAAAUAGUGAUGUUUGUAGUUACUAUAAAUCAAGCUUUGGAAGUCCAAAAAGAAUAAAAGACUGCCUUCCUUUUAGAAAAUAAUGCAAUUUUCUGGCCACAAGGGCAUAGUGCAGUUCACUUACGUGUUGAUGUAGUUUAUAAUCAGACGCCUUUUCUCUUCUGCAAAAGGUACUGUUAAGUAAACCAGAUUUUCUAAAUAGUCAUUCUUAAAAUUUCAGACUUACAAAGCUAGUAGUAGAAUUUUAUUGAAAGGCCCUAGGUGUUAAUUUUUUAAAUGAGUGCUUUAACUUAAAACAGGCGUUUGGAAUAGCUGCUGCAAUGUAGUCUUGCGUGUGAUUUUUUUUUUUUAAGUUGAUGUGCAGUCUAAUUGUUGUUUCCUAAAAGUUGGAUCUGUUCCUAUGCCCAGGAUGAUUUUGUGAGCCAUGAAGUACAUGAGACUAGAAGAUGCCCAAACAAGUCAGAUAAUAGUAACUACAGUGGUUGCUGAUGUUGAGAUAUUGUUGAACUGUAAUUAAUAAUUUGGAUGGCAGAAUUUGUCUCUUUUUUGUAAGCUCUCAUAGCUGAAUUGCUUAAGUAUAAUUUAUAGAAUUUCAGUGCAGUUAAUUCUUAAUGGAAAAUCUGAAACCUAAAUUGCAGAUUUAAAAGGUACUGUACAACCAUUAUAUCUGUAAAUAACUUUACUUAGCACCUUUUUGUCACUUAGAAUAAUAUGUACUACUACUUGAGUGAACUCUUUUGGAAGUUAUAUCAAGUUCUAGUGUUUGCUUCUUAGUAACUGAACUGAAUUUACAGUUCUGUCCUAGACAUUUUGCACUACAGUAGCCGAAUCCAUUCUUGUGUCUUUUUGUUAAUGUGCUCUGUACCACUGGUGAGUGCUCCAUAGUUUCCUUACCUGCUGCUACAGAAUGUUAUUUUACAUCCCUAUGGCUAUUGCCAAGGCUACAAAAAAGAAGAGCUAUAUUUGUAUGCAACACUAACCCUUUGACUGCUAAUGUAUGUUUCUGCUUGCUGUGCCUUGUUAUGGCUGCUUUUUUUGUGCUAAUAAAGUAUGUUUGGUGUUCUCCUUGUAUAUCUGCUGUUUUAUACAUUUGCAACAAUUUCUCUUGUAAAUGGAAUGGUUUGGGGUUUUUAAAUAAGCAUUAACUAACAACCUUUUCAUAGUUAAUGCAGAGUUACUGUACAGUCUAAUAUUGACUUAUCAAAAUAAGCUAACUAAAUUUAAUGCUCUACAUCUUAUGAGUCAUAAUUAUAUAUACUGUGGAGCAGUAUAGUUACUGCAAAUUACUGUACAGUUUAGGUUAUAACAGAAAACUGACAGAGAAGUAAUAAAUCUAUUGAUUUCUCUGCUUAUAAGUGAAAGAUUGAAACUAUCCAAUGACAUAUUAUAGUAAAUGAGUAUCUGUAACCUCCCACUGCAUCAGAAGCAGGUUAAAUGAAGUCUUGUGAAUUUGUAAUACAUCAGUACCAUUUAUUGGUUUGGGGACCAUCUCAAUUAAAAAUAAAUGCCCAAAAUGUAGAACUUUAACCAAAGACUUGUCCAUUUUAAAGCAAAAUGGGGAUUGAAGGGACUUAGAAUUUCUGUUGUUUCUAAUUAAAGUCCCUGAAGAUCAUAUACCAAAGUAUUUGAGAACUUCAUCCAAACCUACUUUAAAGCAUUAUGUGCAAUUAAGUUGUUAUGACAUAAUUAUAUCACAUAAUUGUUGGGUCUGUUUUCUUGAGCUUAUAAUGUACCUGGAAAAUAAACCUCUUGAGAAACAAAAAGUUCAUACUGAUUAUUGGAAAAGGACUAUAUAUGUGAGCAAGAUUGUGUUUUAGAGAGGAAACUUGAAACUCCAAGAAAGCACUUGAUGUUUUUAUAUGCUUGUAGCAAAUUGAUGUUCUAACUGUAGUUUUAUAGAAAGUAUUAAUGCUUUUAUGUAUUUCAAAACUUUCAUAUGUUAAAUGGAAAUUGUUUUAAAUGUGUUUGAGUUUAUGUAAGCAUGUAUACACUGUGCUAAAAGUCAUUUAUGUUUCAGUUUCUGUAUAAUAUUAAUAUGCAAUUUUUGGUUUAAAUUUUUUUCUUAAAAUAUUAGUGGCUUACAUUUUCAAAAACAAAAAUCACCAGCAUGAACUUGCACCUAAGUCUAUAUUCACUGUGUCCUUUUCUGAAUCCCAUUGUAGCCUGUCAACUAAAUUUGAGUGUGUUAUGGUCUUUUUAAAGUGCAUUUAAAUACAAACCAGGAAUUUCUUUAGAAGUUGAGAUACAUCUUUAUAGUUGAAAUAAUUAACCCAAGAAAAGGUUGCUUUGAUUUGUACCCAUUCUUAUUCAUUCUCUUCAUUCUCUUCCACACACACACACACACACUCUCUCUCUCUCACACACACACCCCUCUCCCUUCGCCUAUGUGUGUAAGUGUGUAUGUAUGCACAUAUAUACAUUUAUGUUAAUAUUACCUUAGAUGGCAUUGCCACCUGAUACAAAAACAUUUAGAGAUCUUAUCCUAUAGAUACUACCUGAAGAGUAUUCUUGUACUAUUCAAAUUUUAUUAUCUGCACUAAAAGUUUAGUCUUGCUACUUCAGCCUUGUUUAUAAUACAGUCACCUUA